CGAAUCGCAUCUCGUUUUCCUUGCUCAAGCUUGUUGUUUACUUUUUUAGCACUAAAUUGUCAAAGAUGGUUGAUGUCAGAGAUAUUUUAGAGUGGGAUAUUGAUUCUGAAAGACUCCCUACAACUUCUCACGGUGAAUCUGGUCAAAAUGUGAGAAAAACAGGAAUAAUUGGAGAGCAGAAAAAACAGAAACUGAAGAAAAAUAAUGAAGCAGUAUUCAAGCGACCCGAGGGAAUGCACAGAGAAGUCUAUGCAUUACUCUAUUCUGAUAACAAAGACCCACCCCCGCUGAUACCAUCAGAUAGUAACCAUGGUUACAAGUCGAUGAAGGUCAAGCUAGGGAGAUGGCAGGUCAGACCCUGGAAGUUCAUGCCUUUCACCAACCCAGGAAGGAAAGAUGGAGCCGUCUUCCAGCAUUGGAGAAGGGUGGCCGAUGAAGGAAAGGACUAUCCAUUUGCAAGAUUUGACAAGUCAGUUCAGAUGCCAAUGUACACGGACCAGGAAUAUCAACUUCAUUUACACAGUGAGAAAUGGACACGGCUAGCUACUGAUCACAUGUUUGACCUUUGCACCCGCUUUGACCUUCGCUGGGUCAUUGUUAAUGACAGAUUUGAUCAGAUAACGUAUGGGAAAAGAUCUAUGGAGGACAUGAAGGAAAGGUACUACAGUAUAAUAAACAAACUAGCCAAGGUUCGGAGUGACCCCACCCUCAGUAACAGGGCUCCACAGGCAUUCGAUGCAGAGCAUGAAAGGAGAAGGAAAGAACAGCUGAUCAGGCUGUAUAACAGAACUAACGAACAGGUUGAAGAGGAGGAGACGCUCAUCACUGAAAUGAAAAAGAUUGAGCUGAGGAAAAAGGAGCGGGAAAAGAAGGCACAGGACCUUCAGAAGCUUAUAACAGCUGCAGAUAACAACGCGGACUUAAGGAGAACAGAAAGAAAGAUCAACAAGAAGAAGCUUUCACUUCCGCUCAGCAAGAAAAGAGAACUGGAAGGAUCUACCAAGAUUUUGGAAACUGGAGGUAUCAAGUUUCCUGAUUUCAAGCAAUCGGGUGUUUAUCUUAGGAGCCAAAAGAUGAAGCUUCCAUCGGCUGUUGGACUGAAGAAAACCAAAGCUAUUGAGCACCUAUUAGAUGAGCUUGGUAUUCCAGUACAACCCAUGCCUACUGAAGAGGUCUCUCUUCUCUACAAUGAAGUCAGAUCAGACAUGGUGCUACUGUAUGAGUUGAAGCUAGCCCUGGCAAACUGUGAAUUUGAGCUUCAGACCCUACGGCACCGUUAUGAAGCUCUAGCCCCAGGAAAACUCCCAUCCAAACCAACAUUGACCCUAGGAGCAGCGCUCGCAGCAGGAGAAGGCAUAGGUGGGACCAAGCUGGGUUUACCAGCAUCCAUUACAGCAGGUAUCCUACCAGAGACAUCAUUAUCAGCAUCCUUGAACAUCAUUGAAGGAGCGGAGGAGAGAGGUGAAGAUGAGGAGAAGGACAUCAAAGAAGAACCACUCUCUCCAGGAACCAGUAGAAAGAUGACUGAUUUAGGUGAUCAGAUCAUCGUAGAUGUUGUGUCGACAACUCCAAUUACCCCAGUGUCCCUUUAUGAGCAGCAAAGGAAGAAGAGGUUAGCGGCGGUAGAACAAGGCAACGUCCUCAAGAAACUCAAGAAGUGACACACAGACCAAGCUGAUAUUCCACUGAUGACAGACACAUUGGACGGAGUCGAAGGGUAACAUGAGUAAAGACUGACCAGUGUUAACCCAAUUAUCAUGUUUUGGCUUCAAAAUAAUGUGUAGUGUUUGUUGGUUAGGAGCUACCGUCAUCACCAGUCCAACUCCAGUCCGACAUCCCCUAUCAGCCCCCCUUUAUUUAUUGCUAGUUGAAACAUUUCCCUGCGGAAUAUGAUAUACUUGGAGGUUGAGGUUCACUGGGUAUGAAAUAAUAAUAAUAAUAAUAUUAGAUUCUUAUAUAGCGCACGUUUCGACCUUGCAAGGCGCUCCAACAUUACC